GUUAGGAGUGUUUGAAUGUAAUGAAAAUUCAUGUGAAAAAAGAGUUUUAGAGAAAAGCUAAAACUCUUCAAUGGCGGCUACAACAACGGCUUAUCUGAAAAAUUUGGAGUAUGGCUUUAGUUCCAAGCCCAGAUUUCGCCGCUUAUUCCCCUCCAAUAGCGCCCCGCGAAUCUUGGCCAUGGCUCCUAAAAAGAAGGUGAACAAGUUUGAUGAUAAAUGGAAAAAGGAAUGGUUCGGGGCAGGACUGUUCUACGAGGGCAGCGAACAAGUGGAAGUAGACGUAUUCAAAAAACUGGAAAAACGAAAAGUUUUAAGCACUGUGGAGAAAGCUGGACUUCUAUCAAAAGCCGAAGAGCUAGGAUUAACGUUGUCGUCCAUAGAGAGGUCAGGUGUAUUCUCAAAGGCGGAAGAACUAGGGCUGCUAAGUUUGCUGGAGAAGGCUGCGAGUUUCUCACCUGCUGCGUUGGCGUCCGCGUCGCUUCCAGUUCUAGUGGCGGCUAUUUUAGCAAUCGUGUUGAUACCCGAUGAUUCCGUGGGUCUUGUGGCGGUUCAGGCAGUGUUGGCUGGAGCAUUCGGGUUGACCGCAGUCGGGUUGUUUGUCGGGUCAGUGGUUUUGGAUGGGUUGCAGGAGGCUGAUUGACUACCGUGAAAAAUAUCAAAUAAAGGGGAUAUUUUUGUAGUGAAAUUCAUAUGAUCAAUCUCAAUUUAUUUGGAUUAAAGUGUAAUUAUAGUUGUUGUACUUUUUAUUUUAGUUGUUAUAUGCCUUAGUUGACAACUUGACAUUAGAUUUGUCUUGAAACUCAACAAUUCUAAGGUUAUGCACCUGAAUUCAUUUUAUGUA